ACCCUCUAAAAACUUGAUUGGACGCAGACACCUAACUUUCUCCAUCCAGCUCUCUUAGUGUUGGCAUGGCAUAAAAAGCCCUUUCUCUUCUUCUUCCUCUUCACCAACAAAGCCAAAAUUGGGCAUUAUUUGGCCUUUGGUGUUUGCCAUUUCUUUAGAUCUAGAGAAGAUCAUGAAUCGCGUCUUCUCUCCCGCUAUUUUCUCUCUUUUUCUGUUUCUCUUCUUCCGUUGCAGCUCGGGCCAGGCACCAGCCGAGGCCCCGGCGCCGCCUCCGCCGACAAAUAUCACAAAAAUACUGGAAAAGGCUGGCCAGUUCACGAUUCUGAUCAGACUCUUGAAGAGCACUCAAGUGGCGAAUCAAAUUAACAGUCAGCUUAAUGACUCCAAUUCUGAACUCACCAUUUUCGCCCCCACUGAUAAUGCUUUCUCUAGUCUCAAAUCGGGCACUCUAAAUUCGUUGAACGACGAACAAAAAGAAGAGCUUCUCCAAUUCCACAUGAUUCCCACGUUCCUUUCGCUCUCAAACUUCCAAACUGUGAGCAAUCCGUUGAGAACUCAGGCCGGCGACGCCUACGAGUUCCCUCUCAACGUCACCACCUCCGGCAACUCCGUCAACGUUUCUUCCGGCCUUGUCAACACCUCCAUCUCCGGCACCAUCUACUCCGACAACCAACUCGCCGUCUACCAGCUCGACUCCGUCCUCAGGCCCAUCGGCAUCUUCCAGCCCCGCCCGCCGCCUCCUGCCCCCGCCCCCGAGAAGCCCAAGAAGAAGUCCAAGGCCCUGUCCGACGACACCCCUGCCGACUCUGCCGGUGACAACUCCGCCGCCGCCGGAAAGUGGCCGGUGGCGGCGGUCGGAGUUGCCGCGGCCGCCGGAGUGUUGGUGUUCUUGUAACGGGAAGUGGGAAAUGUGUUGGGAUAAAAUUCUUGAUCAUUUAUAAGCUGAGUGUUUGGGAUAAUGUUUCUGUUGUUAUGCCAAAUUAAUUUUGUUUUUUCUAUUUUUUCUUUUGUAUUAUAAAUUGGUGAUGGUUUGUGUU